GAAAAAUCUUAGCUUGGCGUCUUCUUCAGGCUGCCAGCAAGACUCCAGCACUUGGGCUCCAGCAAGGACGGGCCUCAGCAUCGGCGCGGACCCUGCCGCCAUGACCAUCCUCAGCCGCAUCACCGUGCUGUGCAGCUCGGGGCACCGCCCAAGUACACGUGGCAGCAGCUCGACGGUGGCGGCAUGGGCAGGGGAUUUGUCACCGGCACGACCACGGUAAGGACACAAUUCAUGCAUGCAUGGGUGAAGAUGGGAUGGGUGCACGUGUGAGAGGCCUGGGUGACGGGCGCGAUGAGAUCGGUGCACACUCUGUCUGUACUGCACACUCGGUGUUCUCAUUUCUUUGGACGUGUCGUUAUGUGUUGGUGCAGAGUGGCACGUUUGGGUACGAGGGAUGUGACAACCGCACCCUGACGACCACAACUGGGUAUGCGGCACUAUCGUCAGUGGCGCUACAUGUGUAACGUGCAUCUGUCUGUCAGGGAUUCGUCGCCAACGUCGCCCACGAGCACAUCGAACUCGGCGGCUUCGGCCAACAACGUAGGCACCCACACACAAACCCACGGAAACACCGACCCGAGAUGCAUGGAGGGAUGGAGGGAUGGAUUCAUUGGUGUUGGUUAUAUUGAUUGCAAUGCAGGCCAAACCCACCGUGAAUGAGCUCAUCUGCACCCACGACAUGGCCCUCGUGAAGGACCAGGGCAUCUACCGCUGCUUCACGUUCGCCGCCGACCUGUCGGCCAAGGGCACCAACCUCAGCGAGGGCACGCUGAUACGGGGAUAUUAUGCGUCCAAGGAGGACAGCACCAUAGCAGGCAUGGCACUGACCGGCCCGCAUCAGGGGAAGUACGGCGUGUGGAGCGGCCACCACGGCGCCGUCAAGAGGGUGGCGCUGUACACCACCGUGACGGCCCAGGACAAGACGACGGCCAAGGGCACACUCACGGCCUACCUGGCUGUCGAGGCGGGUGUGUGUUCGGGGGCCGGGCCAACUGCCGGUGCUGUCAACCUCACGCCUGUGGAUGUGGCGCCGGUGCCGCCGUCGGUGGCGCGCAAGUGGCGGCCCGCUCGCUCCACACACGUUCGGGGGGCGGGGCGGGGGAGGGGUGGGGCGCCGCGCCGUGGCCGUGUGCCGAGGCAGCCGCGUGAUUGA